GACGAAGACCACCAAGUCCAACUCCUCUCUCAACAAACUUCAAUCGAGUAAUGAAUUCAACUUGCAUUCAAGAAUGAAGAUCAUCUUCUACGUGUUAGCUCUCUAUGCGGCAUUCCAAGGAUGCUAUUCUGCUGCUAAUCAGCCCAGGGCCACCAAGAAAUCAACUUCCAUCGAUCGAUCCACCUCAUCUGUAGUUCUUCCAGUCACCGGAAAUGUUUAUCCUAGAGGGUACUAUCAUGUGACAGUGAACAUAGGGAAUCCACCAAAACCCUACUGGCUUGAUAUAGACACUGGCAGUGAUCUGACUUGGCUUCAGUGUGAUGCGCCUUGCACCCAAUGCACCCCGGCUCCCCACAAGCUUUAUAAGCCUGACAAAGACCUUGUGACAUGCAUGGAUCCACUGUGUGCAUCUGUUCACUGGCCAGAACAACACGAUUGUGGGUCUCCAAAGGAGCAGUGUGACUAUGAAGUUGUGUAUGCCGAUAAUGGAUCAUCUGUUGGUGUAUUGGUUACCGACUCCUUUCCAUUGCAAUUCAUUAAUGGAAGUAUAGCCAAUCCUCGUCUUGCAUUUGGAUGUGGUUAUAAUCAACAAGUUCCAGCCUCAAUGGAUCCACCUUACACUGAUGGGAUUCUUGGUCUAGGCAUAGGCAAAGCCAGCAUCUUGUGCCAACUGCAUGAACUUGGUAUAACAAGAAACGUAUUGGGUCAUUGCCUUAGUUCACAAGGAGGUGGAUAUCUGUUUUUUGGCGAUGAACUUGUCCCUUCUUCAGGGGUCACCUGGGCACCUGUGUCAACAACCGAAAUAGAAAAACACUACUCUUUGGGAACUGCUGAGCUCAAUUUUGGUGGAAAAGCAAGUGGGGUAAAAGGUCUUCACAUAGUGUUUGAUAGUGGAAGUACCUACACUUACUUAACUGCACAAGCUUAUAAAGCUUUAGUUUCUAUGAUUAUCAAGGACAUGAAAGGAAAGCAGGUUUAUAUUGCAAAUGAAGAUAAAAGCCUCCCAGUAUGCUGGAAAGGCUCAAAACCUUUCAAGUACAUUCAUGAUGUCAAAAACUUAUUUAAGCCAUUAAAGCUGAGCUUUGCAAAGAAUGUUGAGUUCCAAUUGGACCCUGAAGCUUAUCUCAUCAUCAGCAAACAUGGAAACGCCUGCCUUGGCAUCUUGAAUGGCUCGGAAGUAGGCCUGGAGAGCAUUAAUAUAAUUGGAGAUGUAUCAUUGCAAGACAAAAUCAUCAUCUAUGACAAUGAAAAACAACGGAUAGGAUGGGCUCCUGCAAACUGCAACGAACUCCCAAACCUACUUGAUGAUGGAGAUCCAGAUAAUGGAGGCCUUUGCAAACCAUACGAGCCCAACUUGGGCAUUUUAAAAGCCUAUUCUGCUGCAAAGUGGCUUGGCUUGAGAACUAAUUAGAAGGUUGAGAAAUGAAGAGCUUCCAGACUCUGAUGGAAAACCGCUACAAGCAAUUAUUAUAUAUAGCCAGUAAAUACAUAAUGUUCGGUUACAAGGUGUAACUUUAGUAGUGGCAAAUGUAUAUGCUGAGUACAUGGAAUUUUUGAGGAAAUACAGACAGACUUCUGCAGCUAGUUAC